ACUUAAUAAACCCAUAGAGCAAUUAUAAAUAUUUUACUCCAAAAAAAAAAAGAAAGAAGAUGAACUCUUGCCAACAAAAGGCUAUGGAGAAACUACUUCACGGGUACAGGUGCGCUAACCAGCUGCUCAUCAUGGACCACACCGAGUCAGACUCGUCCAUGGAAAGGGAAGAUUUGGCCAAGUCCGUCCUCCAUUGUUUGUCAGAUUCUCUCUCCAUCUUGAUCGAUACUAAUGACCACCAAGACGAUCAAUCCAAUAACUCAUCCCCUCAGGACUCUUCUCCUGUUCUUGAGAGCGCCAGGAAACCACUUCACAAGAGGGGAAGAAAGACAUCAAUGGCAGAGAGCUCAGACUACCAUAGACACGAAUCCUCAACCCCGAUCUACCACGACGGGUUCCUCUGGAGGAAAUACGGACAAAAGCAGAUCAAAGAAUCUGAGUACCAAAGGAGUUACUACAAGUGUGCCUACACAAAGGACCAGAACUGUGAAGCAAAGAAGCAGGUUCAAAAGAUCCAACACAAUCCUCCAUUGUACUCAACCACUUACUUCGGCCACCACACAUGCCAGCUUCAUCAAGCUUAUGCAACUUUCCCCAUUGGCACCUCUGACCCCGAAGAGCACGAGGGAUCCCACAUGAUCCGAUUCGGUCACCCCAACACCAGCUUCUCCUCCUCCACCCCUAGCCUCUGUCGACAUCAGAAUCAGGAUCACAUCAGAGAUGAAUACAUGAAACCGGUGAUAGCAGAAGAGUGGUCUCCAUCCGAGUGGAUGUCGUCCGAGGUUGCCCACGCGGUGGAGGCUUUCGAGUUUAACCCUUUAUAUAUGGACAUCUCAUGACUUAUCAUCAUGACCAUAUCUAUAUAUAUCCCCAGCUCUAUCAACAUACACAUAUAUAGCUUCUUUAAUCCUAAAACCUCUAUAUAUAUCCUUCUGUUACUUGUUUUUGUCUUAUACAUCUACAUGUUAUUGCGUAACCCAUGAUAUGUUUCAAUCUCUACUUGGAGAUUUUGUUUGAGUUCAUAUUAACCUACAAUAACACAUGAAGGUUGUA